AUGGCCUCGCUGGGCCUAGGCUCUCUCGAGCAGCAAGCUGCUGCUCUUUGGAAAACCCUCGACGAGUUAGCGCAGCAGAACCCGGCGGAGUACAGCGCCUUUAUUCAGCAGCAGCUGCAGCAGCAGCAGCUGCUGCAGCAGCAGCAGCAGCAGCCCGCGAUACAGCCCCACAAAUCCGGCAAAGCGGCAGCAGCAGCGACGCAGUCCGCAGCAGCAGCAGCAGCAGCAGCAGCACCGCUGACCCCAGAAGGUGCUGCGUUUACUCCUUCUCCUGGCUUCGUUUUCCGUUUGCGCCUGCUGCUGCUGAAGCAGCAGCAGCAGCAGCAGCAGCAGAGCAGCCUCAUACGCGUCAUAGAUGAACCAGGCAGCAGCAGCAGCAGCAGCAGCAGCAGCAGCAACAGCAACAACAACACUUUGGAGGUCUGGCGGCAGCUGGACUACUUCGUAAAUGUUUGCUGCUCCGAAAAUAUAAAGCAGCCGGAGACGCGCAGCAGCAGCAGCAGCAGCAGCAGCAGCAGCAGCAGCAGCAAACUGCCUUCGUCUCCUGAGGAAUGGAGAACCGCCAAAAUCGCCGUUAGUAUUGGUAGCCGCAGGGCGCUGCCGCAAAAGAGCAGCAGCAGCAGCAGCAGCACUGGCGGCAGCAGCAGCAGCGCCAGCAGCAGCAGCAGCAAAGCUGGCAGCAGCAGCAGCAGCAAAGCUGGCAGCAGCAGCAGCAGCGACCGGUCACUACUCGACAUCGGCAGCGAGCAAGCCGGCCCCUCUCCCUUGCUAUCUGUAAUCAGCAGCAGCAGCAGCAGCAAUGGCAGCAGCAGCACCAACGGCAGCUGCAGCAGCAGCAGCAAAAGCAGCAGCAGCAGCAGCAGCAACAGCAGCAGCAGCAGCAGCAGCAGCAGCAGCAGCAACAGAAUAGUUGUGGAUGUGGUGGUUCACCCAGCUGCUGUCAAGGAGGCGCGCAGCAACCCGCAGUUCAAGUGUCUCCUCAGCUCUUUGUGUCUGCAGCAGCUGCUGCCUCUUGAGGAGAUGCUGGCGCAGCAGGAGCAGCAGCAGCAGCAGCUGCAGCAGCAGCAGCAGCAGCUGCUGCCCCAGCUGCAGCAGGAGAACGGCGUGCUGCGGCUGCCCGGCGGAAGCGCCGUGUCCCUGCAUGCAGCAGCAGCAGCAGCAGGGGCAAGCCCGCCGAAAGAACCAGCAGCAGCAGCAGCAGCAGCAACAGCAACAGCAGCAGCAGCAGCAGCAGCAGCAGCAAUUAAGGUGAAGCCGCUGCUAGAGACUUUCUCCUUACCGAAGCUUCUCUACAAAGGCGGCAAAGUGCCGCAGCGGCAUUUGCCCCAGAUUGCGUGUCUUGCUGCUGCAGCACGAGCUGCUGCUGCUGCUGCUGCCAAGGAGGCUGCUGCUGCUGCUGCUGCCAAGGUAGAGAGCGCGCUUGCUGCUGCUGCAGCGGCAGAAGCAGAGCAGCAGAAGCAAAAGGCAGCAGCAAAAGUCCACCUCCCUACGCGCACUGAGGUAGAGCAGCUGCGGGAGGAGCAGCAGAAAGAGCAGCAGCAGCAGCAGCAGCAGCAGCAGCAGCCGGACUUCGAUCCUCUGCAGGCUCUGCGGCAGCAGCAGCAGCAGAAGCAGCAGCAGCAGCAGCGCUCUCAGGAAGGAACUCGUCUCAUAGAAGUUCUGGAAGAAGACACAAAGCAAACGGCGGAGCCAGAAGAGCAGCAGCAGCAGCAGCAGCAACAGCAGCAGCAGAGCAGCAGCAUCAGAAGCGCUGCUUCCCCAGCUCUUCUGCUUCUGGAGGACGGGAAGCAGCAGCAGCAGCAGCAACAGCAGCAGCAGCAGCAGGAAGAGGAGCAGCCGCUGUUCAGCGUGAGAGCGACAAAACGGUACAGCAAACCAGCAGCAGCAGCAGCAGCAGCAGCAGCAGCAGCGAGCAGCAGCAGCAGCAGCGGUGACGCAACUGGAGCAGCAGAAGGGCAGAUGCAGCGUCCGUUGCAGCAGCAACAGCAGCAGCAGCUGCAGCAGCAACUGCAGCAGCAGCAAGAAGAGGAAACGGCGCCUCUGCAGGCUUCGAAGCCGAUGCUGCAGCAGUGCUUCUCGCAGUUGCUGCAGGAGCACAAGCAGCAGCAGCAGCAGCAGCAGCAGCAGCAGGGAGGUGCAGCAGCAGCAGACUACACCCUGAGCUUCCAUGUGUCUCCUCAGGGCCAGCCUGAAUUGCGCAUCAUUUUUGCUGCUGCAGUAGACCCGGAGACGCUCGACGUCACAGCAGCACCAAGCAGCAGCAGCAGCAGCAGCAGCAGCAGCAGCAGCAGCAGCAGCAGCAGCGGCAGCAGCAUGUUAGCAGUAAAGGGCCGCUUUGCUGCUUCCAAGAAGACCUUUUCUAUCAGCCUUCCCUGCGCCUUCGACGCAGCAAAAGUAAGCAUUCCUCCUGCUGCAGCAGCAGCAGCUGCUGCUGCUGCUGCUGCUGCUGCAGCAGCAGCAGCAGCUGCUGCUGCUGCAGCAGCUAGCUGUGGCCUCCAUUGCUUCUGUUUAUCUCUUUGUCUCCUUUGA